AUGGAAACCGGGCAGCCAAUCGGGACUCUAUCAGGAGACGAUCUCUCCUCUCUAUCAUCAACGCCAGCAACCACCCUGUCACGGUGGUCCUUCGCCGUUACACAGCGGUACCAACACUUUCUUGACAAAACUGUCCCACACAUCCUCUACCGUUGGGUCGCAUGCUUAAUCGUAGUCUUGAUCUACGCAAUCCGCGUGUGCCUUGUUCAAGGUUUCUACAUAGUCACUUACGGUCUUGGUAUUUACUUGCUUAAUCUCUUGAUUGGAUUUUUGUCUCCCCAAAUUGACCCUGAGAUCCAUGACGGCCCCACUCUUCCUACUCGUGGAUCCGAUGAGUUCCGUCCCUUUGUUCGCCGGCUACCAGAAUUCAAGUUCUGGUAUUCGAUUACCAAGGCGUUCUGUAUUGCCUUUGUAAUGACAUUUUUAAGUGUGUUUGAUGUGCCGGUGUUUUGGCCGAUAUUACUUACCUACUGGGUCAUGCUAUUCGUUCUUACUAUGAGGAGACAGAUUUCACAUAUGAUCAAGUAUAGAUAUGUUCCAUUCUCUACUGGUAAACAGCGAUAUGAUGGAAAGAAGGCAUCUUCGACUGAAAGUGCAGAUCUUCCUAUGGACUGA